GAUGCAGCUGUCGGAAAUGAGUAAGCAGUUGAUGGUGGUGGGUAUCUGAGCGCAGUGGAAACUGGAAGAGAUGUCAGUGUUGGAAUGCUGAAGCAUGUUGAGUUUGCCUGUAUGCAAAAAAAAGAAAAUUUCAGCCUUGCACAUUGGGAAAAAAUGUCAGAAGAGUCAGACAAAGAUGAACAGCUCACAGAUCAAACAACCGGUGAUGAAGAUGAACUGGAUAGUGAUACCUUUAUGAAAUUUGUAAUCGAAGAUCUCCAUCGGUGUGCACUGCUUACAGAUGCUACUGGUGACCAGUCUUUACCUCGGACUACACAGAUUUUGUUGGAAUAUCAGCUAGGGAGAUGGGUACCACGUCUUCGUGAGCCCCGAGACCUAUAUGGUGUCUCUUCAUCUGGUCCACUGAGUCAGACACGAUGGCCAUGUCACUGUGAAGUAGUUGAAGAGAAAAUCCUGCACAUUGGUAUGUCCUUAUCAGCUGCAUUUAGGAUAUAAAGCAUAGCAAACUUACUUUACCAAUCUAAGGAGAUUCAUGACCAGAAAAGGGAUUGGGAAGCUUCAGCCACCUCUGGAUAUGGGGCUUAAAAUGUGUAAGAAAUUUGGUAAUCCUGCGUAUUUGCGACCAUCAGUGCUGUGCUCUAUAUUAGCCAGACCAAUACUCCACUCCAUAACCUCACACCCCUCCUCCCUUCUCCCCCACGCAGAUAGAGACUUAGCCAUAGUUUUUGGGUACUACAUGGUUCCAUUCUGAUUCAAGCAAUAUACAAUAAAUUGGUCUCUGAGACAGGUGCAGGGGUAGGAACUUUUAGAGCUUUGACUAACAAUCACGAACUUACUUAGCCUCUGUACUUAAAGCUUUCUCUUUUUACAUUUUCCCCCUUAUUCUCUUUGUUAUUCUCUUGACCAUAAUGUUUGUUUCCAAGACAAAUGCCUUUCUUGCCAGCCCAGUCAGUAAUACUAUAGAACUUUGGAAAGCAGUAAUUCAAUUAAUCACAACUUUCCCUCUUCUUACCAUAUAUAAAGGCUAAAUCUGUCCAAUGCUAACACAUAAAGGGUAGGUCUUACACUUUAUGAAUGACAACUGAUUUUACUGGUGCUCAUAGUUCCCUAGCUAAUGAAGUAGGUUCAUACCAAAAGAAAA